UCGCGGUAAUCGCUUCAAGAUUUUUUUUAUUAUUUAAAACAAAUUGUUAUGUUUCCUAUAAAAUAUGAAACGAGCCUUUGUGUCUGCAGCUGGAUAUUUUAGCUCUGCUUAUGUUGAGAACCAUACACUGGAAUACGAAACUUACCAAGAUGAGACUAGUUAUUAGUGCGUUAGUUGUUAUAGCUUGUCUAUAUGACGUCUCGGCUGACGUUUGUAGUUAUUCGUGUGCCAAGAGUCAGAGAUACAGUACUAGCUGUGGUUGGUUUGGUUGGAGUCGUUGUACCAGAUACAGGUAUCGUACUGGUACGUGCUACAGAACAUGCACACAUGGUGCCUAUUCGAGUUGGUCCACAACAUAUGGUUCUUGUUCUAAAACAUGUGGUGGUGGCACUCAGGGUGUUACGAAGAAACGAUACUGUACCAAUCCACGUCCGUCAGGAGGAGGUCGUUCAUGUUCUGGCUCGUCCUACAGUUAUACAACACAAACCUGUAACACACAAUCGUGUCCAGUCCACGGAGCUUGGUCUUCUUGGAGUACACCCAGAGAUUCUUCUUGUAGCAAGUCCUGUGGAGGCGGUACUCUGGUCCGGACUUACACCCGUUCAUGUAGCAACCCUGCACCAAGAUAUGGAGGAAGGGCCUGUACCGGAAGCACCACCCGGAGUGAACGAGUCUCUUGUAAUACCGCAGCAUGUCCUAUUCAUGGCGGUUUCAGUAGCUACAGAUUGACUAAUACAAGAGCUUGUAGUAAGACUUGUGGUGGUGGAGUAAAACAACUCACCUACACAAGAUCCUGUUCUAAUCCAACACCAAGAUAUGGUGGACGAAGUUGUGUUGGUGCAACUACUAAAACCCAGUCAAUAGCUUGCAAUGCACAACAUUGCCCAAUCAACGGAGGUUGGACCGAUUAUACAUUAGAUACUACAGGUGAAUGUAGUGUAACUUGUGGAGGAGGUACCAAGACUUUGUCCUACUCCAGAACAUGUUCAAACCCCAGACCACAAUAUGGCGGUGACAGUUGUGGCGGCGCAAGUACUAAAGAUACACAGGAGGACUGCAACACUCAGCAUUGCCCAAUCAAUGGAGGUUGGACCGACUAUACAUUAGAUACUACAGGUGAAUGUAGUGUAACUUGUGGAGGAGGUACCAAGACUCUGUCCUACUCCAGAACAUGUACAAAUCCCAGACCACAAUAUGGCGGUGACAGUUGUGACGGCGCAAGUACUAAAGAUACACGGGAGGCCUGCAACACUCAGCAUUGCCCAAUCAAUGGAGGUUGGACCGACUAUACAUUAGAUACUACAGGUGAAUGUAGUGUAACUUGUGGAGGAGGUACCAAGACUCUGUCCUACUCCAGAACAUGUACAAAUCCCAGACCACAAUAUGGCGGUGACAGUUGUGGCGGCGCAAGUACUAAAGAUACACAGGAGGACUGCAACACUCAGCAUUGCCCAAUCAAUGGAGGUUGGACCGACUAUACAUUAGAUACUACAGGUGAAUGUAGUGUAACUUGUGGAGGAGGUACCAAGACUCUGUCCUACUCCAGAACAUGUACAAAUCCCAGACCACAAUAUGGUGGUGACGAUUGUGGCAGUGCAAAUACUAAAGAAACACGGGAAGAAUGCAACACUCAUAAUUGUCCAAUCAAUGGAGGCUGGACUGAUUAUGCAUUAGAUAAUACAGGUGAUUGCAGUGUAAGUUGUGGAGGAGGCACCAAAAUUCUAUCAUACGUCAGAACAUGUACAAAUCCGAGACCACAAUAUGGCGGUGUCGAUUGUGACGGUGUCAAUAUUAAAGAUACGAGCGAAGAAUGUAACACCCACAAAUGCCCAAUUCAUGGAGGAUGGACUGAGUAUACAUUAUCUACUACUGGUGAUUGUUCAACAACAUGCGGAGGAGGUGAAAAGAUUCUGACCUUUACCAGAUCAUGUACGGAUCCAUCUCCUAUGUAUGGUGGCAAUAGUUGUGUUGGUGAUACUGAAAGUACUGAUACCGAAACCUGCAAUGAAAAUCCAUGCCCAGUUAAUGGUGGUUGGACAGAUUUCACAGAAUGGGAAGAGAUCAACGAAUGUGACUCCCUUUGUGGUGGUGGUAUCAAGGAAGAACAACGUGACCGAACCUGCACAAAUCCAACACCAGCUUAUGGGGGUGAUGACUGUGAUGGUGAACUAAGCCAAGUACGAAACGUGACAUGUAAUACCGAAAUUUGUGGUGUUAAAUGCCCGACAGGUCAGAAUACAUACAUAGCUCAUAAUGGUAAUGACUACAGAUACUACCAGUGUGACCAUGGCGUAGCUAGACUCAGAGAUUGUGCAGCAGGAACCAUGUGGAGCCAAGAUGAUACCGUUUGUAUUAAUGUACCUGUAGUAGCAGCAGCUGCAGCCCCGACUCAUGCACCUGUAUCCACAACCUGUGACGAAUCCCUUGGUCGGGUUGCUGAUCCAGACAAUUGUCAUAACUACAGAGUGUGUGCUGGUGGCAGAUAUUACACCAUGCCAUGUGCGCCUGGUACUGUUUUUAACCCCACUCGUCAGUACUGUGAUCUAUCAACUAACAUCCCUGGUUGUAAUUAAACGAAUCAGUACGGUGUACACUCAGCUAAAAUGGAAAUUGACUCGAUGUUUAUCAUACCGAUGACUCCAAAUUAAGGAAUACAGAAUACUU